GGGGGAGGUAUCGGCGGGAGGACAGCGUGAAUCCCUCACACGCAGCGCAGGAAGCAAUUGUGUUGGGCCGGAGUCUCCGUGCUGCUGGAGGAAUAUCCGUGUACUUUACCUUGUGAACAGCAGGCAGCAUGAAGGUGGCAGCAGACGAGCCUCAGCCCAAGAAGCAGAAGCUGGAGGAGCAGCCCUUGAGUGAAAAUAUCCUUUUUGGCAUGGGAAACCCUCUCCUGGAUAUCUGCGCUGUUGUGGACAAAGACUUUCUGGACAAGUAUGGCUUGAAGGCAAAUGAUCAGAUUCUGGCUGAAGAGAAGCACAAGGAGUUGUUUGAAGAGUUGGUGAAAAGGUUCAAGGUUGAUUAUCAUUCUGGGGGCUCCACUCAAAAUUCUGUUAAGGUGGCACAGUGGAUGAUUCAGAAACCUUAUAAGGUGGCCACUUUUUUUGGAUGCAUUGGUAAAGACAAGUUUGGAGAAAUCUUGAAAAAGAAAACAGAAGAGGCACAUGUUGAUGCCCACUACUAUGAGCAGAGUGAGCAACCAACAGGCACCUGUGCGGCAUGCAUCACAGGUGAAAGCAGGUCUCUGGUAGCUAACUUGGCGGCUGCUAAUUGCUACGAUAAAACAAAGCACCUCGACUUGAAGGAGAACUGGCAGCUGGUGGAGAAGGCUGAAGUUUACUAUAUAGCGGGUUUUUUCCUUACUGUUUCUCCGGAAUCUAUCCUCAAAGUGGCCAACCAUGCCUCAGAAAACAACAAGAUCUUUUGCAUGAACCUGUCUGCCCCCUUCAUUAGUCAGUUCUUCAAGGAGCCUCUCAUGAAAGUCAUACCUUAUGUGGACAUUCUUUUUGGAAAUGAAACGGAAGCUGCUGCUUUUGCCAAAGAGCAAGGAUUUGAGACUGACGAUAUCAAGGAGAUUGCCAAAAAGGUUCUGGCAUUGCCAAAAGUUAACAUGAAAAGGCCUCGGAUUGUUGUGUUUACCCAAGGACAUGAGGACACAAUCAUGGCAACAGGUGAUGAAGUGGUGUCAUUCCCUGUAUUAGAAAUUGACCAGACUAAAAUUGUAGAUACCAAUGGAGCAGGGGAUGCUUUUGUUGGAGGUUUUCUCUCUCAGUUGGUGUCUGACAAACCCAUUGAAGAGUGUAUCCGAGCUGGCCAUUAUUCUGCCAAUGUGGUUAUCAGACGGGCUGGUUGCACUUUCCCAGAAAAACCAGACUUCAAAUAAUUAAGAGGAGAAAUCCUAUGAGCCACAUACCAGUACCUUGAGGUCCUUACAUCUUCACCUUCUCCUUUUCACAGACAGAUUAAAGAAACUUGUAUUUUCAUUUGUCACCUCCAACAAAUUGUAAUAUGUACUCCCUACAGCCCCAUAUCCCCACCAUACAUUUCUACCUCUGCACCAUUGACUCUCAUCUGGUAUUUGGGGAAAUGUUUGAAAAUACGCUUGUGACAUAUUUAAUUUACCAAAUCAAGUUAUAUUCUUAAAGGGAUUUUCAGAUGAAAGGUGUAGAAUAAUCUUGCAUGUAUGCCAUAAGUGUCUAUAAGGAGGAUGUGCCAGCUAUAGGAUCUAUGUCGGUCGUGAAACCUUGACCCCAAUGUUGUACAUACAUGGCUAGCUAUUCACAUCCUCUGUUUUUGGUAUUACCUUUUUAUUGCAAAAUAGAGGUCCAGGGACCCUUGUUUUUCUGAUAUGUGGGAGACCCAGGGGUGCGAUGUUCACCUAACACUUAUGGUGUAUCCUUUGCCUAUGUCAUAAAUAUUGUUUGUCUUAAAACCCCUUGAACAUAAUAAUGUUUACUGUAAAAAUUACCCAAUUACACAUUGCUUAAUGCUGUUUUUAAAGUUCCUAUGCAGGCCUGUUCAACACUGCUGUUAUGAGUUCCAGCAGGCUGUUCCGGCACUGUCAAAUGUUACUUGAAUUGCCAUUGGCCCUGUUGACUAUAAUGGGGACUGGCGUAGAGCCAGCCGCUACCUGGCAAAUAUGGUAUGAUUCGUCCAGACCCGAUUAUAGUCAAGGGGACUGGUGGGCAUUCUGGUAACAGCCAGCAAUGCCAGAUCCAGAGAGUUCCAGCAGGCUAUUCUAUGUUGCAACAGCCUGCCAGAACUCCUAACUCAAGUCAGUGUGAAACAGGUCAGUCAGUUAUAGCCCUUUAUAUAUAUAAAGGUAUUUAUAUGUGUAAGUCUCUAAAUUGGUACAAAAUCACAUAUUGGUGACCCAGGUGCUUAAGAUAAAGGGAUUAAAUGGAAUUAAGUACACACACACUCAUGGCUAGAAUUUACGACUUUCAUAUGUACAGUGCAGAGUUGGCAUCUCCUUACCAUCGUAUUCCACUGUCCAUAGUUCUCAUACUAAUUCAAGUUCUGGUGCUGAGUGAUCGGUUUAUGCAGACUUGGUGAACGAUGCAGUUUAUAUAAUUUUUGUAAUCAGAUUACUUUCUUUCAACAGUGUCCUCAAAAUCCUCCAUGUAAGCUAUAAAUGAUUGUGUUUUCUUUAUUUAAUGAUGGUAUAAAUACUGUCAGAAUCGGGUACAGAAUUAUUCAAGCAGGAUUGCUUUGAUUUAUUACACAUGGUCUGCCAAAAUGUAUUUUAAAUCCAAGCAUGGUCAAUGGACAGCAGCAACACUUGUGCUAAAAGUUGUUUGCUACUUGCCUGUUGCAGUGAUUGGAUAACAACGCACAGUUUAUUAACAAUUAAGAAAGCUUUUGUCUUUUUCCGCUCCCUGCCUUUUUUUUUUUAUUAGUGAUGUUAGCACAGUCUCGUCUCUGAUACAAUGUGUAAUUUGAUACUGACAAAUAAAAUAGAAUUAUUCAAAUUUCUA